CCUGCGGACCUGAGUUGCCGUUCAGAGUCUGUCAACCGACCGAGAGUCAACCGAGAACAUCAGCAGCGGUUUCUCUGAACGUUUCUGGUCCAGCAGCGACGGAAGAGACGAGCUUUUUUUUUUCUUCUUUUUUUUUUCUCUUCUCUUUUUCUCCGUCGGCGCUGUUUGUUUAUCUUCCCGGAGCCGUCGGGCUGGAGUUUGUCUCAGAUCUCCGUGGAUUAACGCAAGACUCCGCAGCGCCGUGACACCAACUUCACUGUGGAUUCUGCUCCUCCGGCAUCACUCGUGAAUAUUUUGGGGGAGCUGCUUGUUUUUUUUUUCUUUAACUCAAGUCGGAUUUCAGUGAAGUCCGUGCGACAGCGGCGGACACUUGUUGAAAUUUUUACCGAGCGAACCUCUGCCUGGCGAGCCGCGCUAGUAGCGACGUUUAGCUAACGAGGCUAACAACUUUCUCUGAACAGCAGCUUCAAAUAUUUCUCCACAAAUAGGCUUCAGUUCACGUCGGUUGGAUGUUAACUGAUAAAUGUAACGGCGCGGAUAAAGUGUCAAACUUGCUGUUAUGGCGCUGACAGCGGCUUAGCUAACUCGGCUAGCAGCUCUCCGUUCACCUCCAGCGUUAUGUUAGCAAUGACGGCUAACGUUAUGUCAACGUUGGAUUCAAACAAGUGGUUCGCUCGAAAUAUGAAGUUAUUUUCUACUAUUAGCUUCUCGUAAUCGCCAUUUCUCAACUUUAAAGUUAUUAAACUCAGCUUGCAGGCACAUAUAAUCCACAAAGCCUUCAUUCGGUCCGCUUUCUGUUCAUAAGAACUUUUAUUAACGGCAGCUUUAACGUUAGCUUAGCCGCGCUAGCUCGGAGCUCGGCUUGCAGCAGCAGCAGUGACACUGCAGCAGCAGCAGCAGCAGCAGGCAGCGGACUGUCAAUUAACUCCGGUUAACCAGUAAUGUGCGAUGUGGUUUUCAAAACUCUCAUGGGUUUGCUGCAACGUCCACUGAGAGAGGAAUAGACUCCCGGCGCCGUCUUCCCACUUUUUCCCGAGUAGCUGAAGUUGUCAAACUGCGGCCCGCACCAUGUCCGGCUCCCCGGGCACAGGUGGCUCAAACCCCAGGAAGUUCAGCGAGAAGAUCGCGCUGCACAACCAGAAGCAAGCAGAGGAGACGCGGGCCUUUGAACAGCUCAUGACAGACCUCACCGUUUCCAGGGUGCAGUUUCAGAAGAUCCAGCAGCUUCGUUUGUCUCAGUCGAGGGCGCAGUACUACGGAGGCUCUCUGCCCAACGUCAAUCAAAUCGGCAACACCAGCGCUGAAUUUCAGGGCGGCUUCCCUUCAGGGUUGGACUCAGUCAGAGGGACCCGCCACCAUGGACUGGUCGAGAGGGUCCACAGGGAUCGCAACCGCAUCAACUCUCCCCACCGCCGACCCAUCGACAAGCACGGGCGGCAGAUCGAGAGCUCUCCAUACGGAGCGGUGUACCUGUCCCCACCGCCGGACAACAACUGGAGAAGGGAACAGCAGCCAUGGACUGAGGAAAAACGGCCUGGGUUUAGAUUAAUAUCACAACUCAACAGAACCAACUCAGACUCUGCUCUACACACAAGCGCUAUGAACCCGAACCCCCAGGACCCGUUCGGCAUGAACCAGCAGAUGGGUCGAGGUCCCCCGCAGCGCAAUGGCUGGCAUGCAGCUAGCGUCAACGAGGCAGAGGUGGACGGCUCCGGAGACGUCUUCUCCUUCCCCGCCCUGCCUAACGAGGAGAAUCUAAUAGGUGUCAGUAAGCCCCUUCCCAAGCAGCUGUGGGAGGCCAAGAAGGUCCAGUCUCUGGCAUCAAGGCCUAAAUCAUGUGAAGUGCCUGGAAUCAAUAUAUUCCCGUCUCCGGAGCAGAACCCCGGUCUGUCCCACUACCAGGGUUCGUUAAGCACCGGCGGCUCCCUGCCCGACCUCAGCAACCUGCAGUUCCCCUCACCGCUCUCCACCCCGCUGGACCCGGACGACGGAGGAUACCCCAACCUGAGCGGGGGCAGCAGCACCGGGAAUCUGCCGGCCGCCAUGAUGCACCUGGGGAUCGGCAACUCACAGGGUCUCUCCUCCUCUUUGAGCAAUCCCUCGAUUCAGGCCUCCCUCAACAACUGCCAGCUGCAGUCAUCGCUCAGCAAUCCCUCCAUCAACUCAUCCCUCCGUCUGUCCAGCAACUCCCCUCGGCGACGGCCGGCUCCCAUCAGCCCCCUCACCCUGUCGCCUGGAGCCGAGCAGCGCCGAGGUCUGGCCAAGCAGCUGUCGCCUACAAUGUCCCCUUCGCUGUCCCCCAUCACACAGGGAGUUGCUUUGGAUACCAGCAACAUGCCAAGGGAGCCGCCCCCGCCCUAUCCGCUCUACCAACAAUCCCAGCAUGCAGUGGACCCGGGCCGACAAUGCCAGCAGCCACAACAGCAGCAGCAGCAGCCUGUUUCCCCUCUUCAGAACAUCCAGCUGGACUUCAACUCGAGCCAACACAACAACAUGGCAGCACUGUUCAGCGACCAAUUCAUGGAGCCACAGUUUUCUAAUCGCCAGACUAAAACCCUUCCCUACCAGUUGGAUCAGUUCAGUCUGUUGGAAAACGCAAUGAGCUCCACAGCAGGGGGGUCAUGCUUCGAUCCUUCGUCCUCCUCCUCUCCCUCCUCGCUCUACUACUCCCAGGCUGCUCUGUCGGGGCUGGGCGGCAGCCACGGCAGCCUGCAGGACCCGAUGCACAUGAGGUCCAACAUGCUGUACUCCAACUGCAGCGGAGGGCUGCCCAACAUCAUCCUCACUGAUGACUCCAACCCCAGUCUGUCUAAGGACAUCAGCAGCGCGCUCUCCACGGUGCCGGAGUGUUUCGACUCAGAGGGAGGCUUCCCGCUGGAGGACGAGCUGCGCAUCGAGCCCCUCAGCCUGGACGGUCUGAGCAUGCUCAGUGACCCCGACAUGGUGUUGCCGGACCCGUCCGUGGAGGAAACCUUCCGCAGCGACAGACUCUGAGCGUAAAGAGCACUUCAAGAAAGAAAACACACACACACACACACACACAGAUUUGCAGUGUAUAGUGUACAAAUCUGAAUAUGCAUGCGCUCGAUCUCUGUAGGGCCACUGUGCAUGCACCCACUGCCACUAAGAUUCAUUAAAUGUGAAAGACACGAGCCGCAUGUGCACCAUCAUCCACAUUUUUUUAAAAGAAGGAGACUCGUGAACAAACACUGUUUACACCGGCUUCGCGCGGCGGUACCCUCGCGCACACUCGAGCUCGUGAUGUUAUUGUAAAAGAUGCAGUUUUGAACUCAGCACCAGGACCCGAAGCAGCUCGGAGACUCUGCUCCUCCUCCCGACCGCUUCCAACCACAAAGACUCGGAGGAACAUCGAGGCGAUCCGGAGAGGAGCCCAAGUCCUCCCGCUUCUUUCUCUCAUCACCACCUCGCACCCCCUCCCUCCUCCUCUCCCCUCCCCUCCCCUGAAGCCAUGGCAACCUCAUCACCAUGGCUACACACCAUAGCAACCCCAUCACCGUGCUGAAGAGCAACAGAAAUGCCAACAUUUAAGUUUCUUGCAGCUCUGGUAUGCGAGUGGAGCUCAGAGCUGUGCUGCAGCUGGAGCGCCGAAGUGCGUCGCGGUGAAACAUCUGGCACUUUUCUUCAGGUGAAGUUAAAUCCAGGUGUGCCGCGGCCGCCUCGGGCUCUCGAACAAUCAUGGUAGAAAUGAAGACUAGAGGGAUUUUUGUUUUCAAAUGUGUUUCUUUGCAUACGGUGUCAGAUUAUUUUUAAAGUGUUUGCCACAGAUUUAUAAAUAUAAAUAUAUAUAUUUACUUAUGUAAGCCUCAAUUUCAGUCUGAUUAGAAUGUAUUUUCAAAGUAGAGACAAAAAGGGCAAACUGUUUACAAAGAUUUUAAUAAGUAAAUACUACUAAAGAGUCUAGAUUUUUGAAUUUCUAAUUGAGAAUUCUAACGUGUGUUGAGUAAAUGCUAUAUUUUUUCCUUGCAAAUUUGGACACAUCUCCACUUUCCUCAGUCAGACAGGAGUCGGCUGUGAUUCUCUCUGGCAGGGCACUGGGACAAACCAACGUCAAAAUCUGUUUUAAAAAAAAAAACAAAAAAAAGGAACUUUCUUUUUUGGAUGUUUUCAAAAAAUACUUUAAUGUACAUUCAUUGCAUAUGAUUUCUUUUACAUUUUGUACUGACUUGUAAUGGCGCUUGUACUGUACUUUAAAUCUCGUCGUGAAUAAGGGCAUGCGCUGUGCUACUGUGGAUCGAUUA